CCAUUUCCGGUCCCGGCUGCCGCCGCCAUGUUCCUGCAGUGCUACACCAACGAGCGCGGGGAGCGCGUUUACACCCUGCGGAAAGUGUCCCCGGACGGGAUCCCCACACGCUCGGCACACCCCGCCCGCUUCUCCCCCGAUGAUAAAUUCUCCCGACAUCGCCUGGCUCUGAAGCGGCGCUUUGGGGUUCUGUUAACGCAGCGAGGCCGGACCCUGCUCUGAGGGACCCCAAAAAUCCUCGGCCCGAGACUCCCGGGAUGGACCCGAAAUGACCCCGAGAGAGACCCCGAGACCCCUGGAGUGACCCCAAAAUGACUCCGAGACCCCCGAAAUGAUCCCCGGGAUGACCCCGAGACCCCCGGGAUGGCCCCGGAGUGACCCCGAGACCCCCGGAGUGACCCCAAAAUUACUCCGAGACCCCCGAAAUUACCCCGGGAGUGACCCCGAGACCCCCGUAGUGACCCCGAGACCCUCGGAGUGACCCCGGGAAUGACCCCGAGACCCCCAAAAUGACCCCGAAAUGACCCUGAGACCCCCGGAGUGACCCCAAAAUGACUCCGAGACCCCCGAAAUUACCCCGGGAGUGACCCCCGGAGUGACCCCGAAAUGACUCCAAGACCCCCAAAAUGACCCCGAGACCCCCGGAGUGACCCCGAGAUCCCUGAAAUGACCCCAAAAUGACCCCGAAAUGACCCCGAGACCCCCAAAAUGACCUCUGGAGUGACCCCAAGACCCCCGGAGUGAUCCCAAAAUGACCCCGAGACCCCCAAAAUGACCCCGAGACCCCCCAAAAUGACCCCGAGAGGAGGAAGAAGGAGGCGAAAUAAUAUAAAAUCCCAGCGUGGAUGAACUCUGCAAAAGGAUGAAACGAAGGGUUUUAAAGAGGAGGAAAAUUGAAAUAUUAAAGGAUGGCGUGGCCGAGGGUCUCCGGGUUCUGCUGCCCAAAUAAAUUUGGAGUUCUUGGUCCUGUU